AUGUAUCAAGUCUUCCCUCUUUUUGCAGAUGGGGCUAAAGUCAUUCAGUACGGGUACUAUCAAAUAGAAGAUGCUCAGGGAGAAGUCAAAGCAGACAAGUUUUAUUUCAAAUUUCCAAUUAUGGUAGAGGUUAAACCCGAUUCUUAUACGUAUAUUAUAUUAACAGACAACGAUAAUGUUAUUCAAAAUAUUAUGAAUUCAAAUAAUAUAACGAGAUACGGAAUUUUAAAUUUCGAUGUUAGCUCUCCUAGUUUAAAUGAUGGAAGUGAAAGAAAGAUAAAUGUAUACAAAAUACCGUUUAGUGAUCAAGGCAAUCAAAAUAAAAUUGCAGAAUUUCUAAAUACAAAUAAAAUUGGUAUCUUUAACAAUAACAAAUACACUAAAUGUGAACUAACGAUUAACAGAGAAGAUGAUAAUGUUACAGAACUAUUUCCAUUUUAUACACACAAAUCAAUUUACGAUUUCUUGGUCAGUAAUGAAGAAACAAGCACAUACAUUGAUUUACUUGAUUCUCUGAUGUAUAAUGAUUGGCCAAUUGUUCCGUUUGAUUACAAAACUAAAAAAGGAAAAUUCUUGAUGAAACUUUAUUCGAAAACUAUUAGUCCUACAAUUCCAAAAGACGUGACAAAACUGGAAAUUAUUACUUCUGGAGGAAAAUUAAUUCAAAUUAGAGAAACUCAUGAAAAUUAUGCUUUGUGUCAUGUUACUCUUAACAAUAAUGAAACUGCUUUGUUGGCAACAAGUGAUUGUGACUUAGUUACCAGCAAAUUUAGUUUAAGUUCAAUUGAUUAUUAUCAAUUAAAUAAUUGGCAACCAAUCACUGGUGAAGGUUCAAUUAUUUCCUCAAUAAAAGGAUAUCUAUAUAUUAUUCGUGAGUCAGAUGCUCCAAUUACUAUUGUUUCUACUUAUAAUGAUUUACAAGGUCUGAAUAAGACUAACUCUGGUGUAUAA